AUGUUUAUAAAUGAUGUGAGUGUUGUGCUUAGAAAGGAGAGUGGUGUGGUUGCUAGUGGUAAAAGAGAGUGUGUUUCAUUGGCAAAUAUUCUUUUUUUUGUUACUGGUGCUUCAGAAGAACCUCCACUUGGGUUUGCAUUGCAUUCGUCUAUCGAAUUUAUUUCUACUAUUGAAGCUGAUGAAAAAGAAGGAGAAAAUGUUGCGCAUGUACUUAGUGAUACAUCAACCAGCGAUAAAGAAGACGGAAUAGUGUCAGUUGGAAAUGUUCACUACGAUGAAAAAGAUAUCGAUAACGAAAAUGAUGAUGGCCAAGAUGGUGAUGUAAAUGGUCGCACCAAAGAAACAGCACUCGAUUACUUAGACUGUGCUUUGUGGCCAAUUCAUCGCAACAUUCAAUUUGUUGAUUAUAUAAUUAAUAUAGGUGCAAUACAAGUGAAUUUGGACACAUAUCCACGCAAUAAUAGAAGACGACAUUUUUCAAAUGCUUAUUACAACCGAAAACUUUCAAAUGGUGAGGUUAUUUCACGACGUUGUCUUGUGUACUCAGUUUCUAAAGAUGCGACAGAAAUACGAAUGAAAGCUGGUGAAACUAUUGAUAAACAAGAACAAAAACUAAUCGAAAAGGACAGUUUAAGGUGGCGAAGCGUUCUUGAACGAUUGAUGAACAUUACUUUAUACUUGGCAACAAAUAAUAUGACCUUCAGAGGUUCUUCUGAUAAAUUGUAUUCAGUUAAUAACGGCAAAUUCUUAGGAUUGGUUCAAUUGCUCGCUAAAUUUGAUCCUUUCAUGUUAAACCACGUCACGCUAGCUUAUAAAGGAGAUAUUUCUGAUCAUUACUGUGGAAAAACCAUUCAAAAUAAAAUGAUAGAUAUAAUGGCAUCAAAAGUAACCAACAUAAUUAUAUCCAAAGCUCUAAAAAGUACAUAUUAUUCUAUUAUUGCUGACUGCACUCCUGACGUAUCUCACAAAGAACAGCUCUCGCUUACGAUUAGAAUUGUAAAUAUAUCAGAAUAUCCUAUAAAAAUAAAUGAACACUUUCUUGGGUUUUUCAAUGUUAACGACACGACAGGUCUUGGUUUAACAGAAAUCAUAAUUGGAGCUUUAAAAGAUUUUGGACUGAAUAUAAGCUUUUGUCGAGGGCAAGGUUACGAUAACGGUGCAAAUAUGAAAGCGCAGUCUUCACUAAAUUCUAUUAACGUUUUUGGCAUAAUACAAAGAUUAUUCAUAAUAUUUUCUGCAUCAACUUCACGCUGGAAUGUUUUACUUAGUCAUACAACAAACUUUACUCUUGAAAGAUUAUGCGAGACUCGUUGGGAAGCCAAAAUUGAGAGACUCAAAGCCAUCCGUUACCAAAUAAGCAGCGUACAUGAUGCUUUAAUUGCUAUAUAUGAAACUGAAACCAAAACUCCCGAUAUUGCACACGAAGCGCAAACAUUAGCAGAACAAUUAAAAGACUAUAGUUUUUUAGUUUCUUUAAUUGCAUGGUACAAUAUACUAUUCCAAAUAAACGUUGUUAGUAAAGCAAUGCAAGCCAAAGACAUGGAUCUAAACAGUGCGCUGAAAUGUUGA